AUGGCGAAGAGACCUUCCUCCUCUCUCCUCACCUCCCCUUACUCUCUCAUCAUCCCCCGCGGCGACGCUUUCCUCUUCCUUUUCGCCCUACUCUCCAUCUUCUCUCUCCUCCUCCACCACGUCUCCGCUGCCUCUCGCCCCGACUUCGAGGGCUUCGACGCCGAGGAGGAUGACGAUUUCGCCCUCGGGGGCGGCGACCUCCGGGACGAAGACGCCCCUCCCGUUCGCUCUGCGCCGCCCCCAAUCUCUCUCUCAACCUCCACCCCCGAGUCCCACCACGGACCCCCCGAUUCUGAUCAGUCUCCGAUCAAAUCCACGCCGUCCGAUCAUAACCUUAAGCCAGCUUCCACAGCAGCCUUUGAUUACUGGGAUGAGGAUGAGUUUGAAGGCAUCCCUCAGGACUUGAUUUCGCAUCCUGAUAGUCAAGCGACUCCGGAAUCCGAUCCAGCUGGGUUCGAACCCGAUUCAAGCUCCCGUGAUUCAGCAGGAGACCCUAAAUCCGAUGUGAAAGCUCCGAAGAAGCUCAGCUCUUACUGGGUCGAAAUCGUGUGCGUUUCCUUCUUGAUAAUGUUCGCAAUCAACUACUUCACGGGGAAAAGGGAGAACGAGAAUCUGGCCUUGGCCUGGGCCAGCAAAUUCGCGACCAAGGACUCGGUUUUUGACAAGAACUUCAGCUUGUUGGGGGUGGGGGAGACCGAUGACUCUCCAUUGCUGUUGCAGGAAGGAAAGAAUGUGUUCAAGUUCUACGCUAGCGGUCGGAGGUUCUGCUCAGGGUUGCUGGCGACGAUGGAAUUGAAAAGCAGGCAUGAUUUGAUCUCGAAAUUGUACAAUAUGGUGGUACCGUGCAAGGACGAGAUCACGUUCGAGGUCUACAUGAAUGAUGAUGCAAUGGACCAUGUGGUGUUUGCAGUAGCAAGAAAGAAGCUGGCAAAGACUAUGCAGAAGGAGAUGAGGGACCUGCAGAGGUUUGCAGGGUUGGUGAAUCCACCAAACGGUAAGAAAUGGGUGACGGAUGAGCUGCAGAUAGUGUCUGAGUCUAAGGAGGUUGCUGGGGAUUUGGUCACUGAUGUGGUUCUUGAUCAGGUUCUUGGUGAAAAAGCUUUUGACAAAUUCGGAAAGGGCUUCAUCUCAAUGCACUUUUCUGAUCAACAUGUUGGCUCUGCCAAAAAGGUGCUGGUGUUCAGGUUUGCUCUUCCUGAUGCUAAUAACAUGGCAGACAUGACUCGUUUGGUUGCUCUUGUGCCUUAUUACAUUGACCUGAUUGGACGAUACAAGCUCAGCUCACAUGCUCGAGCUAAAACAGAAGCAUCCAGAACAAAGGUAGCCCAAGAGAUUUACAGAGAACUUCAGAAUGCCCGGCAGGAAGCACUGCAGAAAAAGAAAGCUGAGCAGAGAAAGAAACUGGAAGAGGCUGAAACAAAGCUUAGUGCAGAGGCUCUUCGCAAGAGAGAAGCUAAAGAGCGUGCUCGUCAAAUGAAGAAGGCAAUGCCAAAAAUGAAGAUGACUAAGGCUCAUUAG